AUGGAUACCAGCCGUGUGCAGCCUGUCAAGUUGGCCAGGGUCACCAAGGUCCUGGGCAGGACCCGUUCUCAGUGCACGCAGGUGCGCGUGGAAUUUAUGGACAACACGAGCCGCUCCAGCAUCCGCCAUGUAAAAGGCCCCGUGCGCGAGGGCGACGUGCUGACCCUGUUGGAGUCCGAGCGGGAGGCCUGGAAGUUGUGCUGUUUGGCUGCUCGCUGGGCUUUGGAUGUUGGAUUCGACCGCUUGCGAUGGAAAUGUGCAAACCCGUUUGGAGUGCACAUCUACGCCCUGCAGACCUACUGUGGCUUCUCAUCAAAACUCUCCUGUGUCCGCCGAAUUCUGGUUUACUAUAUAUCACAAACUGACUGA